UGUGCGCCUGAGGCACCGGGUGGAGUGUGUCCCUGCAGGCAAGCGGGCUGACUCACAAACAGAGACGCUCAGAUGAAGGGGAGGAGGAAGAGGCGAUCAGGGGGAGGGGCCUCUGAACAGACGGCACUGCUUCGCUGAGCAGCCCAGAUGAGUUUGGACUGUCUGUCACUCAAAACCACUGGGACCGAUCUGAAGCUGUAAUUACUCCUCUUUUCUCCUCCUCAACUGUUUCUGGAUGUGGAUGCAGAGGCAUUAACUGGGUACCAGGCAGACCUAGGUGACACUCCGGAGAACAGGAUGCAUCUGGUCGUGGAGCCCUUUCAGGAGGCCGUGAUGAAGAUGCUACCUUAUUUUGUGGAGAAUGCCGUUUUGACCCAGAAUGAGAUAAACCGCAUUUUGAGCGAGAGCUUCUUCAUGGUGAAGGGUGCCGCUCUCUUCUUGCAGCAAGGAAGCAGUCAGCAAGGCCAAAAAGCACAGCCUCCUCACAAACAUGCAGGUGAACUACCUCAGCACCUGCAGGUGAUGAUAAACAUUCUCCGCUCAGAGGACAGAAUCAAACUGGCAGUGCGCCUGGAGAGUGCGUGGUCGGAUCGGGUGCGGUACAUGGUGGUGGUGUACACCAGCGGGCGACAGGACACAGAGGAGAACAUCCUUUUGGGAAUCGACUUCACCAACAAAGACUGUAAAAGCUGUUCAAUCGGCAUGGUGCUACCUCUUUGGAGCGAUACAAAGAUCCAUCUUGAUGGAGACGGGGGCUUCACUGUGAACACAGCAGGUCGGACUCAUGUUUUCAAGCCCGUGUCUGUGCAGGCUAUGUGGUCGGCGUUGCAGGUGCUGCACAAGGCUUGUGAGGUGUCGCGCAGGUUUAACUACUUCCCUGGAGGCAUUGCCCUCACCUGGAUGGGAUACUACGAGAGCUGCAUCGCUUCUGAGCAGAGCUGCAUCAACGAGUGGAACGCCAUGAAGGACUUAGAAACCACGCGGCCAGACUCACCCAUCAUGUUUGUCGACAAGCCUUCAGAGAGGGAAAGGACGGAGUGCCUUAUUAAAUCCAAACUAAGAAGCAUUAUGACCUCCCAGGACCUUGAGAACGUCACCUGCAAACAGAUCCGAACUGAGCUGGAGCAGCACAUGAACUGCAACUUGAAAGAAUACAAGGAGUUCAUUGACAAUGAGAUGCUGCUGAUUCUCGGCCAGAUGGACAAAGCCACUCUCAUUUUUGACCAUGUCUACUUGGGAUCUGAAUGGAAUGCAUCUAAUUUGGAGGAGCUGCAGGAGACGGGGGUGGGCUACAUCCUCAACGUUACCAGGGAGAUCGACAACUUCUUCCCAGGGACGUUCUGUUAUCACAACAUCCGCGUUUAUGAUGAAGAGGCCACGGAUCUCCUUGCUCACUGGAACGACACGUAUAACUUCAUCAUGAAAGCAAAAAAGAACGACUCCAAGUGUCUCGUCCACUGUAAGAUGGGCGUCAGUCGCUCUGCCUCCACCGUCAUUGCUUAUGCCAUGAAGGAGUACGGCUGGUCUCUGGAGAAAGCGUAUAACUUUGUUAAGCAGAAGAGGAACAUCACACGACCCAACGCUGGUUUCAUGAGGCAGCUGGCAGAGUAUGAGGGCAUUUUAGAUGCCAGCAAACAGCGGCACAAUAAGCUGUGGCACCCGGACGCAGACUGUGAGAUGGCCGAGGGUCAGCAGGGUCUGGCUCAGUUCUGUGGAGGAGAGGAUGGGGGGGAUCCCACUGCAGACCCAGAGAUGUCUCCCUGCUGUGAGGAGGGGUCCUCUGACAAAGGCGCCGCCUGCUCAUCCCCAUGCAGGACUGUUGCUCUAGACAUCGACCCCGCUUACAACAACUACUACUUCCGUCGGCUCUCCGACUCAGCCCUCGACAGCGAGCCGUCAACGCCUGUGCGUGGCCCUCCUCUUCUCGGCAUGGAAAAAGUCUUCAUAGAAAUCGAGGACGUGGAGAGAGACGCCCUGCUGGACGACGAGGCUUUCCAUGGGCGGGAAGGCCUGCCGCUCCCUCACUUUGGACCUACGGCAGAGGGCACCGCUGCCCAGACCUCCAGCCGUGGGCCCGAACCCCUGGAGGAGCUUCGGCUGAGACUGGAGUUCAGCACAGUGGAGGAGGAGAACGAGGAGGACGUGCAAAAGGAGGAGGCAGAGAUGGAGGUGUUGAUGCAGCCAGAUGACAGAGGGGGAGGUGAGGGAGACGGUGGUGAGACUCAGGAUGUGGAGGUCGAGGGCGAUGCGGAGGGGUUUGGGAUGGAUCUGGCAUCCCUUAAUGACAAUUCAAACAACAACAAUCAUUUGAGCCUUCUACAAAACCACAAGGACACAUCUUCCUCCUUCCUUCUUCAGAGAGAUGCUUCUCUGGUGUCUGGGUCUCAUCAGAAAGAGCGUUCUUCUUCUCCAGCUUCUGAGCUUCGCCUUAACGCCCGCCCUCCUUCUGAAGUCCAAAGUGCUUCAUUGCAUCAUUCUGAAGGCGUUUCAACUUCAGCGGGAUUUCUGAACCCUUGUGGUCCUCAGUGUGACUGUGCCAACUGUGUAGCCUCUGCCACUGCUCUGCCGUCCUCAGAGGAACAGCGGUCAGCGGAGGAUGAGGACAGCAGCCAUUUGCUUCAAGACAGCCAAACUGAAUCUGCCUCGGAUGUUCUCCCUGAGCUGAUGAGAGCCGAUUUUGAGGAAGAGACGCCCGCAGUGGCUUGUUAUCUUGGCCAACAGCAGGAGAGCCUUUUGCAGCUGCGUCGGUCUGGCCUGGUCCGGCGUCGGGCAGAGAGGCUUGAGAGGCUUUCAGGAAUGUCCCUGCAGGAAUGCCAGAAGUCUCAGAGGUGUCCGUCUCACAAUGUGGAAAAGGAGGAGUUCUCCAGUUUUACCGGGGAUUUCGCUAAAACAUCAACCCCAUGCCAAGUGCGGUUAGAGCCACUGGUAGUGCCACUGACCAACGAAGCCUUGUUGGGGGUGGUGGGUUCAGGGCUCCUCACACCCACCUCCUCCCCUCACGGCUCCACGCUGACACGGAGCUCCAGCAGUGACAGUCUGCGCAGCGUGCGGGGGAAACCCGGCCUCGUGCGUCAGAGGGCGCAGGAGAUUGAGACGCGCUUGCGGCUGGCAGGCCUAACCGUGCCCUCCAGGCUGAAGCGCUCCAACUCGCUGGCCAAGUUGGGAAGCCUCAACCUCUCUUCCGAUGACCUGUGUUCGGCCUGUUCUUCAGACGCUGGGACGCUGCUGCUCCUCUCGUUGUCCCCUGAGCCGGACCAAGGCUUAGAGUGGGACUCUCCGACCGCCUCAUCGUUGUCCAGACCCGGCAAGAACCUGCUCACUCCAGAAAGAGCACUUCCAGGUGAGCCCAGGAGCUGACGUAUCAAGUGGGACUCAUACAUUUGUAUGCUCCACUCACCUUCCCUUCUGUUGCGCCGUGUGGUUGUGAAGGGCUGCACCCAUUCCGGAGAAAAGCGAGUCGAAACUGAGCAAACACAAUGCCAACUCUUACAUAAGGAGGCCACAAUGUUUCUCAAACUGCUGUUCAUAGCGAUCAAAGUCAUACUGCUGUAUCUGACAAACCUGUUAAGCCAUCAGAUCACCUCUAACUCUGAAUCACAGACAAACAAGUGCCUUACCCAAGAGACCUGAGGCACAGAUCUGUGUGACAGAUUGCAUGCUGAGACGGUACGAGGCACUCUGUGACCUUUAACUUGGUUUCCAGCAGCUCCUACUUUACGUUUACCUGUCAGGUAUAAAGUUAUAGCCUGCAUUGAUGAACUUGAAUUGCUCAACGAGCUUCACUUUAACUGAGAGUUUGGUUUGGUGGAAGCAGAGUUGUUUUGAUGACAGUUUUUUUUUUUAUUUUUUAAUUUACCUCAUGUUGCAUUCAGUGAGUUCCUGUCCAGAAUAUCUCAGGAUUUUUGAAGUGAGAUUCUGCAGUAAGGUUAAAAGCAGUUAAUAUUUUAUUUCUAGCAGAAAUGGUAACGCUGUCAGUCUUGGUGUAAUGCACUGUUAUGGCAAGUAUUACUAAUACUCCUGGCAUUAAGGCAAAAAUUAGUUGAUAGGAGAUUAGACAUUUUUAAAAGGAUAUUAAAACUAUGUAAAAUGAGUAUCCCUUCUAAAAAAGCUAAACUAUUCUAUUUAUUUAUAUGUUACAAUGGAUUUAUGCCAUUCUCGAUACACGGCUGAAAGUUUAGUAGACCUACAGCAUUCAAAUUCUUAUAAGAAUCUCUGACCAGCUUUUUGCUUGUUCCUAGGCUUUUUUAAGGUUUUAAUUUUUCCAAGUUUUCAGUACUUGGUCUUAAAUUUCAUUUUGUCAUGUCUAAUAAUUAUAUUUAAAUCAUUAUGGUCAUAAAACGUUUUAAAUUUAAACCCAUUGAAGCUUACAGAAACAUUGUGUCUUUCAUGUUGGGGGUUAUUUAGCCUGAAACGAUUAUUAACAGGAAAUUGAGAUAGGAGGCAGUGUGCCACAAUGAACUUCCCCAUGAAACAAAUACCAAGAACACAACAUGUAACACAUUUUUAUUCAGAGUCAGCAGAAGCAGAGUAAAAACUAAAAUAUAUAUAACAUGCAGUUUUGGCAAUCACACAAUUAUCCUGACUGGAAACCUUUAAAUGCUCUGUUCUCAGUAGGUGUUUCACGCAGGAAGAUCAUUAGUGGUGCGCAUCCUCUUACCUCUGUUUUCUGUGACAUGAACAUGGCGUCUGUGUUAAUAACCACCCAAUGCAAACAAGAAAAGAGUUCAAAGUUUUAUCAGUUUUAUAAACUGCUUUGAUGUUCUUGCGAUUAGAAUUGUUUUAAGAGGAUAAAAUAUUGUUGGUUUGGCCUCCGAGACCAUCUUAACUGGAUUUAUAUUAAAUGAACAGAACCUCUUUUCAAAAAUCCUGAACUAGUCUUUUAAUUGGACUUCUUUCACUAAUGCUUGGUUAGAGUGAGGACAUUGUUGCUGUUUUUUAAACUAAUGUGUAAUAUAUUAAUUACACGUGCGUAUGAGUGCGUGAAUUGGAGUGGGAAGAGAAACAACCGUUGCCAGAGGCAUACUUGCUGUUUUCAACAAACAGAACAGAAUCUUUUCUGAGUUUGUUGUUCCUUUUGCACUGCUUUUUGUUACCGAGUCGAUUCUGGCGAGCUAUCUUCCAAAAUAACAUUGGAGUAAUGUUAUUAACCUCAUCAUUUCCUACAUUGUAUAAUAUUUCGGGAGGAGCGUAGUGACAAGAAGUCAUGCAGCAUGGCUUGAGAUCAAAAUAAAAAUGGCUAGUGUGAGAGUUAGAGCUCACAUUUGUGUGGACAUUUCUGACAUUUACAAAUAAAAAAAAAAACGGUGUAAACACUACCUGUAAUCAUUCUCUGGCUUAAAUUCAGUUAAAGUGCUGCCAAUGUCUUUAAGCUCAUUUGUGCUUUUCGAAGUGUGGGAGACCAAAGUUAUUUUUGCCGUCUUAACAAAUUGAAAGCUGUACGAAAUAUGUGAAUCCAAAUGUCAAUCGCGUACAUAUUUAAAUGCUGUCACCUCUUUUUUGCACCUUUCGGAGUAGUCAAAGAGAAUCUGAGGAGUCCCGGGGCUCAUAGCUGUUAGGCUUUUAUGCUCAUAUCAUCAGUGAGUUUUAAAGCUUUUGUGACGAGGUUCACAAUAGGUUACUUCACAGUUUUGUAACCUUUUUCUUUUUAUAUUUUAAUUAUGCAGUAAUUUUUGUACUGUGCAUUGCUGUAGUUUGAAUGCAUAUUGCACUUUUUAUGUUGGUAAGAAAAUAAUGUACUGUAUGUGCUAAUUAUGAAAAUAAAAUCCUCUUUUACAUAA